UUUAAAGUAAACACAAUCCGCAUCUUCUUUUAAAAAUGUCGCAGAAUGAAUUGCAAUCUAGUGAAUUGGAUGGAGGCGGCGGCGGUGAUGGCGGCGAUGACAUUUCUGAGGAGCAGGAAGGCUCUCUGGAAGAAGAGUCUCAGCCGAAACCGAAACCUAGUAAACUUUCAAAAAACUCGGUUAAACCUAGUUAUAGUGUGGCCAGAUCAAAGGGGAACUACUGCUGCAUAGUAAAGGAAUAUUUCAGUGAAUAUACGAAUUUGGUUGAUUCACUGAUUAUAUUGCCACGCCUCAUAAUACAUAAGACUGGUUUUCAGAAGAAUUUAACAUAUGGUCUAACAUUGACUAUUCGAAAUAUGGGUUUAUAUCCUCGUUUGAUCCAAUUGAGUUCGGAUAGCCCCAUAGAUACUUCUAUUUCCAUAGUGGAAGCGGAUUUGCAUCGUUAUCUUGAAACAGACGAAACACUAGAUGUAAAAAUUUGGAUACGUAGUAGUACACCACAGGAUAUCAAUCGACGUCGUCACAUUUUCAUACAAUCCUUUCAUCCGGACAUUAUUUUCCAAGUUCCUAUUAUUGUGCUCGAUAAGGAGAGCAGUCCAUCCAUCUGCGAAGCUAUCACAUUUCCCAGCAGUGUGCCAAGCAACAAUACACACUUCGAGAUGAUCGUCUAUAAUCCCACCAAAAGUCGCCUGCGAAUGCGUUGCAGAAAUACCUAUCGUGGACUAUCAAUUAAUACGCUUAAUAAGGAGUUGAUUCCUCCUCGGGAUUAUUUAAAGAUUCUGCUCACGCUGCAUCCACGUAAAUUGCAAGUUUACAAGGGUUUUUUCAACGUUAAAUUCGGAGUAACCCCACCCCAUUUGGUUGUCUUUGAUUAUACACCCAAGUCCAUGGGAGUUUAUGUAGGCGCUGGCUAUGUGAAAUUUGGCUUGGCUAGAUUCGGGAGCGAACACUUGCGCUCGAUUCGCGUCUGCAACGAUAGUCCCCAUGAGGUCUUUAUCGAUGGGGACUUUCAAUAUGAACGACGGCAAACAGAUACAUCGCGGAGUUCGGCAUCGACACACUCGAAGCUAUCCAAUAAGUUGAUUGAGGACGCCAUUAGUAUGCAUAGUGUGCUCAUGUAUGACUUCGAGGAUAAUGCCAGCGCUCAGAAUGUUGCCUAUGAUGCGAGGGCGGGAAAACAUUUCUGUGUAUCAGCUCCCAAGACUCUUGAGGCCUGGGCGAGUGAUCAGAUAAUAAUCUCUUUACGACCCGUGUACAGUGAGAGCGAACCCUUUGCGGAGGAGCUAGAACCUCCGUAUCAUCAGCGCACUAAAUUGAUGUUUUGCGUAUCCGAUGUCGAGGAGUGCGUCGAAUCUCAUUUUCUAAUUGUCACUGGCGAUGUGGCCGGCGUCGAGGUUGAGGUUCAUCCCAGUGUAAUUGAUUUUCGAAAAAUCUAUUUGGGUGAAGAGCAUUGUGCGCACAUUAAAUUCCUCAAUGUCGAUGACGUUCAGGCCAAGGUGACAUUUAAAGAUUAUAACGAUCCAGAAAUGGGUGGAGUGCGCAUAACUCCCGUGGAGGGAUUUCAAUUGGAGCCCUGUACACGGGGCAUAUUUCAUUUGUCCUUUUUCUCGACUAUUCCAUCGCGUUUUACGCUUACAUUGAGAUUCAAAGUGGAGAACGGAGCUUACCACAAAGUGCUAGUCAAAGGCACUGGCCAACACGUGCAGCUGCGUACAUUUCCCCAGCUGGUGGAAUUCGGUAGCAUACCGAUGGCUGUGCCGCAAAAGCGUUAUAUGCUUCUGAUGAAUCCACUGGCUGUGCCAAUCACUCUGCAGGUUCAUGCCACAGAGGAUGGGGAGGAACAACCCCUUGUACUCAAUAUUCGAGACUCAUCGGAAAUGCUUCCCAUAACGGUUCGCGAUCCAAUCAGCCAUUUGCAGCGUGUCCAUGAAGAUUUGCGGAAUAGUGAUCCUCUGUUGAAUGGAGACAUCGAGUUGUCCAAUAUGGAACCAGAUAUGUUGUCCCUUCAGUCGUAUAAGCAAAACGAAUCCGUCUACAGUGUCGAGUUCGAGGAAGAUGUCAUGGAGCCUGUUCCUGUUAUGGCCGCACAUCUUCUGACCAAUCUAAAGAAACAGAAAAUAUUCGAUAAGUCCGAAACAGAUAAACGAGUCAUUCAGGAAGCUUUGCAGAGUCUACUCAAUACCAAAUAUUUUUCCGUAUUCACCAAGCAUAACAAUUUCAUAUUCAUGGACUGGAAUGCCAUACCCAGUGACCCCCAGGAAGUUUAUUGCGACAAUGAGAUCAUCUAUUUGCGACCGAAUACGGGCAGAAGUAUAACCAUAUUGGUCAUUCCGAAUAAGGUGGGCUAUUUCCAUAGAUCACUCACGGUGCGUAUCUGCCCGGCACUUCCCAGUGGUAAUCCGGAUUCAAGUGAGGAUCAACCGAAUGCUCGUACUCUGAUCAAAUCUGAUUUCCUGUGCUCCAAACUCUGGUUCGAAUACAAUUGCUGUGUUCCGGAAAUCGAAUGGGAUAAUUUGGUUGAUCUGACUCGACGUAUUAUCUAUGCGGGUGAAAGCUAUGACUUUGAUAUGAAGUUUAUGAACUUAUCAAAUGUCGGAGGUUUUCUCCAUUUUGAUGUCAUUCCCAAUGACAUGAGUUUUCGGGAUGGCACAUGGAAAUUUUACAUCAGUUCCGGUUGUCAAAUCGAGGCAAAAUGUUCGGUAACAUUCCGUUCGCUACGUACAACCAAAUUGUCGGGUUUGGUGAAAAUUGUGGGAGCCCCUAGACCUUAUCCCUUUCAUUUGUUGGCCAACGUCUUGCCCACGGAAAUACGCAUUGAUCCAACCUAUGUCCAUGGACGUUUGCAGGUCUAUGAACUAAGUAAAAUUCAUUUCUAUAUAGACAACUAUUCGCCGACCAAUACUAAGCUCUCAAUGAAGUUGAAAGACGACGAGUUUCAGUACUUGACCACAAUGGGAGGAAUUUUAGCAUCCUCGGGUCAAAGCAUGUAUACCACAUUGGUUUCAUGUUUCCCUGAUCCGGAUCUAUAUCAGAAUGUUUUGUUCAUCGACCUGCAAUUUGAGCAUAUCAUCGAAUUACCGAUUACGUUUCUGGUUGAGGGAGUGCCUCUCUACUUUUUUCCAAAUAUUCGGGAAGGAUUUAACGCUGGUCUUCUCUAUACCGAUACGAAAGAGUCCUUUCAUAAUAAUAUCUACUCCCAUCGUUUUCCCGUGAAGGUCAUUAAUCGUGGAUUGCGAGACUAUCGCGUUCAAAUUACCCGUGUAAAGAUCUACGGUACAAGUAUGGUCAGUGGUGGUGCAUGCUCGGUUCAACCUUUGACAGCACGGCUGGACAUAAUGCCCAAACACAUCACGUUGGCAUCGGGAGAGGAAGAACAGCUUGAGAUACUGGCCAGUAGUUAUGCACCAGGCACUUUCUUCUGUGAUUUUCUUCUGGAGGUGACCGACUUGAAAUACCCCCAACGGAAAUUUGUCAUCAAAAUCAAUACGCAAGCCACUUUCAUGGAGGCCCAAAUGAGUUGGCAGCCCAAACAAUUGUUGGUCAAUUGUCAACGUCGUGAACCUCAUAAAGAACAUCCACAUAUCGAGACCCUAAAACUGACUAAUCAUCUAAAUGUCGAGAUUGAUCAGGUAGUUUUGCAAGCAGCAGGUCCCUUCCGGAUCAAAGAGCUAUUCGAGCACACGUUCGAGAAGGAAAUAGGUGUAAAAAUAAAAGCUCUGGAGCACAAGGAGAUCUUUGUCAUGAUAAACAAGGGUGCCUUUAAGCACUUGCAGUGCAGACAGAUCGAGGGUCGCAUUAAUGUUAUGGCCAGAGGUAAGCCCCAGAAGCCACUUAUCGUUAAGGUCUCAGUUCAAGUGCCUGAGGUCGUGAUAUUACAACCCGAAUUGGUACUGUUCGAUCGUGGCCAUCCUUAUAAUGUCAGCGUUAACAUAGUCAAUCAAGGUUGCCUGAUCGCGGACUUUAAGUGGAAGCGCCUAGAAACCCAGGAGCAAUUCGUGGGUGAUGUUGACGAUCCCCAAGGCUUGGUUUCCGAUUUUCUAGCCGAAAUUCUACGUAUGCUCGAAUACAAUUUCACCUGUGACGAUGAACCGAAUAUGACUUUGCGCUAUCAGCAGUGUCGCUGCCAGUUUGUGCGCGAGACAGAGUCAGGUAACUUGGUCCUGGACAUACUCGAUGAGGUCAUCAACGAUUUGGAUUUAGCCCAUCGACGUUUUGUCAUUCCGGGCAUGGAAAUUGUUCCCCCUGCUGUGGAUAACAGCGAUGACUGCAAUUCAAAGUGUUUCGUUGAACGCACCAUCUACGACAUAUUGGAUAGACUUAAUAUCGAGUCUAGUCAAGAACUGUCGCCUGUAAGUUCGGAAUAUUGUUUUGCCGAGAGCUAUAUCUACUUUCACGAGAAAAGCGGUCAAGUUAAUAUAGCCGAGGAUCUUCAGUGUCUACUGCACAUACCGCACAUAAGACGCUCCCACGAGGUAAAGGCUCGUUUUGAACUAUCCAUUUUGGGUGGACAAAGUCAAUAUUUGUCUGUUACUUUAGUGAAUCUACAGCAGUUGCUAAAGUUCCACAAGGAGACCCUAUAUCUGGGAAUUAAGCCUUGGUAUGAGAGUUACCAUGCCACGGUGAGGAUCUCGAAUGUCACGAAAUAUCCUUUGAGCCUUAUUGUAGGGGAAAUGAAUCCCACACCACGUAAUAGACAACUGAUUGAGGGCUAUGCCAAGUUGGAGUCUAGUGAAACAUUUGAAUCUAAGCCCUUCUCCGAGGAUCGCAUCAAAGUCAAUGGAAUUUUCGGUUUCAAUGAGAACUUUCUCAGCACUUUCGGUGUGGUUAUCAAUACAAGUGCCUAUUGUUACUUUCGACUGAAAGGUCAAGGGAUUUUGCCCAUACUCAGCUUGUCUUCGGACCUACCACGGGUCCCACAAGAUACUAGUGAAAUUAUAGAUGAAUAUUACUUCAUGCAACGCAUCUAUCACUAUGAAAUAUUCAAAUCUAUAACCGAAACCGAUAAAGAGCUCAUGGCACCAGCAGGCGAAGAGGAUGGCAAAUCGCAUGGACUUGAGAGUGAUGGCAUCUCAGACGAUUUCAGUCUUUAUUCCACCACUGAUGAUGAGGACCAAGGCGAAGAGGAGAUGAACAGUGAACGUCAACGCCUUCGUGAUUAUCAGAUGUUUCGUGUGGUUCAGAGUUAUGUGCUAGUCAACAACAAUCAGGAAGUGCCCCAUCCUGUGGUACUGAAGCAAAUGUUACUAGCGGAACGUUACAUCUAUCGUUUGCACCAUCGACCCGAAGUUUAUGCCCUACAUCAGCAAGUCUAUCAGAGCUAUGUGAAACAAGACAAGUCAGCCACUAAAGCCAAGGCUGUCAAUGUGAAACAUUUUACCGUCCAGCCCAUUCCCUGUGAACAACACGGCUAUGUCCUUGAUCUGGGUCUGAUGCCACUUAAUACGCUACGUCGUUUUGAAAUACGCCUACAUUUCUAUGGACCCGGGAAAUUAAAAGCAUCUGCCCGGACAGCGGUUCGUAUACCGGGACUCUAUGUGGAUUUCCAAGUCGGAAACCAUGCCGACAAAAAGUUCUCCUUUUGGGCUGAGAAGUGCACAGCUCUGGAAUACUUUAAGGAUAAAUAUCGCAAUAUGGUGGAGCGUGUUACGUCCAAUCCCGAGGAAAGUUUCCGUCUAAAGCAUGCACAUUCCUUUGAUUUGGAUCGAAGUACCAGACACCAACGUAAUCUCCAUUCCAAAGAUCGUCAUAUAAUUGACGAGUAUUACAAUAGUCUGAAUCUCUCCGUCUAUCCAGACCAUAAGCAUCAUUUCACCUUGGCCAAAGUCUUCUCAGCCUCUCCAACAAACUUCUCUGGCGUUGAUAUUCACCUUGUGGGUUUCUUUAAGCCUGAGUCCAAGUUUUAUGAACGAAAUCAAAUUCUACAGGACUAUAUCUAUAUAGAUCUCCAUUUGGGACCCACUUUACCCAUUCUUCUAAAAGGUCGUCUAGUUUAGGCAUUUGAUUUUAUAUGUUUUUUGCUUUUAUUUUAUUUAUUUUUUGUUUUAUUGUGUGUUGCGAUCACGAAAAUAAAAACUGUUCGUAGAUCCCUUUAGCAAUA